UAUUUGGUUUUACAUGUAAUCAUAUGGGGAAAAAUGAUUCACCUUACGAUAUUUUCAUGAUACGAUCUCAGUUUCGGAACAGAUCAAUUUUGUAUCCUGAGGUAUCACUGUAAAUCUAAGUAAUUACUUUAUGAUCAAAAUAGAGGUGCAGGAGAAAUGAUGACAAGAGCUCCGGUAAAAGUCACAUUGAGUGAAGGACCUUAUCAUGUAGCUUUUUUUAAAGAUAGUUCUCGAGAAUUUGAUUUAACAAAAGAAAAUGAGUUAGCAGAACUUCGAAAAGAGGUUGAAUUUAGAAUGAAGAAUAGCGUACCUCAAGGGAAUACUGUUAGUAAUGAGGUGAUAUCAAUGACUGUCAAAGGUCCUGGACUUCAAAGAAUGGUGCUUGUUGAUUUACCAGGAAUUAUCAGUACUGCAACUACAGAAUUGGCAGAAGGUACUAAGGAAUGUAUUAGGGAAAUGACAAAUUUAUACAUGAGUAAUCCAAAUGCUAUAAUUUUGUGUAUACAAGAUGGUUCGGUAGAUGCAGAAAGAAGUAUUGUUACAGAUUUAGUGAGUCAAGUUGAUCCUAAAGGAAGAAGAACUAUAUUUGUUUUAACGAAAGUUGAUCUUGCUGAAGAAAAUAUGACAUCUCCAACUAGAAUUAAAAAAAUACUAGAUGGCAAAUUAUUUCCAAUGAAAGCUUUAGGCUAUUUUGCUGUAGUUACUGGUAGAGGAAAUAAAAUAGAUAGUAUUCAAGCUAUAAAAAAUUAUGAAGAAGAAUUUUUUAUGAAGUCUAAGUUAUGUAGAGAAGGAAUACUAAAUAUGUCACAGUGCACAACACAGAGCCUUAGUUUUGCUGUAUCAGAAUGUUUUUGGAAAAUGGUAAAGGAAUCAAUAGAACAGCAAGCUGAUUCUUUUAAAGCAACACGAUUUAAUUUGGAAACAGAAUGGAAAAAUAAUUUUCCCAGAAUGAGAGAAUUAGAUAGAGAUGAACUUUUUGAGAGAGCAAGGGGAGAAAUAUUGGAUGAAAUUGUAAAUCUAAGUCAGCUAACUCCACAUCAUUGGGAAGAGGUGCUGAAGAAAAAAUUAUGGGAGAAAAUGUCUGUAUAUGUUUUUGAAAAUAUACUCUUUCCAGCUGCUCAAACCACAAAUUCAGGAACAUUCAAUACAACUGUAGAUAUUAAAUUAAAAGUGUGGGCCGACAAGAUGCUUCCUAACAAAUGUGUUGAGGUAGGGUGGGAGACACUUGAAGAGGAAUUUAAGAAAUUAAUGGAAAAAACAAGUUCAUCAAGAGAACAUGAUAACAUUUUUAAUCCACUUAAAGCAGCUGUUGUAGGAGAUGCUUUGAAAGAACACAAAUGGGACAACAAAGCUGCAGACAUGUUGCGAAUCAUUCAACUCAACGCUCUUGAUGAUCGUUCAGUUCACAACAAACAACAAUGGGAUGAGUCAAUCAAAUUUUUGGAAUCUUCAAUUAAAGAUAAAUUACAAUCAACAAAUACAAGAAUUCAAGAAAUGAUAGGUCCAGGAUUUAAAGAGAAAUGGCUUUAUUGGAAGUACACAACUGAUGACCAAAUUAACAGACGAGCUGUAAAAAUGGAAUUAGAGAAUCUUCUUAAUGCAGACAGGAAUGAUCAUGGACCAACUUUAACUUCAGAUGAAUUUAUAACUGUGAGGAGAAAUUUGAAGUCACAAAAUAUAGAUGUCGACAAUGAAUAUAUUAAACAAACAUGGCAUCCAAUCUACAGACAAUUUGUUUUGCAAAAUAUAUUAAAUAAAGCUGGAGAAUGUCGGAAAGGAUUUUACUUGUAUCAUCAGGGCAUUGAUUCAGAGUUGGAGUGUAAUGAAGUUGUGUUAUUUUGGAGAAUUAAACGAAUGGUCGAAGCAACUACUAAUUCUUUACGACAGCAAAUAAUGAAUCAGGAAGCAUGGAGAGUCGAAAAACAAAUCAAGGAAGUACUUGAAGACUAUGGUCAAGAUCAGCAGAAGAAAGUCCAAUUAAUAACUGGGAGAAGAGUUUUAUUGGCAGAAGAACUCAAACGUGUACGUCAAAUCCAAGAAAAAUUAGAAGAAUUUAUAGCUGCCCUGAAUUCAGAGAGUUAAUUAUUCCUAUUCCUAAAAUGUAUUUAUACUUUUACUGCCAUUUUGUUCCACAGCUUUGUAAAUGUAGACAAAUUAAUAUUUGUACAAAAUAAAAUACAAUCAAGACUAUUUAAAUUGAUUAACUAAUGUUUAUAAUCUUCAUCUC